CCUGCUAGGAUUCUGUUUCACAACACAGCAGGGCUAGUUACAAAACUUGGCGCGAGUGAAUUUCCUCCUCGCCUUUUACGUCACAGUUACCAGCUGUGAAGUGUUGUCCUUUUAGCAGUUCUCUCCGUAGACGAGUAUCACGACUCAUGAGUAUCUUAAAAGUGCACUAAAAAUGGCAACAAGUCGAACAAAUAGCGAAGCUGUUGUGCAGGUGGAUCUCGAGGCGACGGUUCGACGAUCAUCACGAAGCGUCCUGACACCUACACGCUUCCAGUACUCCGCUGAAAUAGCUACAGACAUAAAGAAAAAGAGAACAACAACAACAACGCGGCCAACAACGCACAAUGAUAAAAAACACCAGAAUAGCAGAAAGGAUAUUAAAGAGGAGGAUGUUAAAAAUAGUGCUGUGGAGUGCACAUCUGGUGGACAUGCAGGUCUUUCAUCAUAUGAACUUGAGCGUCUGGAGAACAUCAAACAGAACCAAGCGUUUCUGUCUUCUAUCAACUUAUUCCAGGCGACUGAGGAGUUGAAGCAGGUAACACGGCCAAAGCUAUCAAAGAGGCGUCUCAUGAGGUUACAGGCUGCUGUAGAAAAAGGGGUGCCAGUUCGCAAAUCCCUUCGUCUCCAAAGCCUGACACUUCCUCCUAAACCCAGAGAGACGCAGAUCUGUGGAUUGGUUUCAACAGAAGAUAUAAAGAUGGAGCUUAGUCUGAAAGAGUACCGCUCAGCCCUUAAGAACAUGAAGACAACUGAGGACAGAGAGGCCAUAGUUGUGAAUAAACUCCUCGUCUGUGCUGCCUUCCACCCCUGCACCAGCAGUCUGUUAAUGGCCACAGGAAACACAUUUGGGACCGUUGGACUCUGGCAGUUGGGUAGUGAUUGGGGUAAUGAUAGUGUGCUACGCUUUGAGCCCCAUACUCGUGUAGUGGCCUGCAUAGCGUUCUCCAGGGCUCAUCCCACCCACCUGCUGAGCCUCAGUCAUGACGGAACUGUACGCUGCAUGGAUGUAGAGAAGGCGGUCUUUGAUGACGUGUAUGACAGUGAAGAGCCACUCAAGACAUUUGACUUCAUGUCACAUGACUGUACGUCACUAGUGGUUGGGUACUUCAAUGGAAAAGUUGCCAUCGUCGAUAGGCGCACCCCAGGAAACUCCCACGAGUCCAUCCACUCAUUGAAAUUCAAGCGGUCUCUGCUUUGUGUUAGCGUCCACCCUUUACAGAAGCAGUACUUUGCUGUUGCAGAAAACGGGAUAGUGAAUAUUUAUGACAGCAGAUACCUGAAGGAGAAGAAAAGCAAGACUGUCUCCCAGCUGCAUGGUCACUCUUUAAGCAUACACGGUGCUUAUUUCUCCCCUCGUACAGGCAACCGAGUGCUCACCUCCUGUAUGGAUGGCUACAUAAGGAUAUAUGACACAUCUGCAAUGACUAAGAAAGCUCCCUUGCUGACAUCCAUCAGACACAAAUUGCAAACGGCCAGCUACAGGACCAGAGUAUCAGCCGUGUGGGACCCCAAACAGGAAGACUGUUUUGUGGUGGGGAGCACGUCAAAGCGUCACAUUGUGUUGGUGUUUCAUGAAAGUGGCAAACUCCUGCACUCCUUCGUAGAUCGUGAUAACGUUACCUCAGUGCUGUCCGUGACUGCUUUUCACCCCACAAGGAAUGCAUUGCUGGGCGGCAAUGCGUCAGGACAACUGCAUGUCUUUUCAGACUGAGAUGGAGGCUAAAGUAUGUGACCAAGACCCCUGAUUGCCUUCAGUUGGGUAGGAAGAACAAGAAAGGAAAUAGUUUUGUUACAGUCAAAGUUUACAACUUGUACAGUGUAGAUGGCCAGCUGGAAAUUAUUGUACAUACAAUGUAGGUAGCAGAUGAAUCACUCUUGACUUUAUCUCUGCUGCUUGCUUUUCUGUUCUCAGAUUUGCAAUUAGUUUGACUCUAUGUCUUAUGUAAUAACUUAUACAUUUCUAAAAUAUGUUCCCUGUUGUCAAAUUGAUUAAUCAAUGUUUUUUUUAGUGGCUGCUGAAGCAAAUAAAACUUUUUUUAAGGUUUUGAUA